UCGGAGCAAGAAAAAUCAGAGAAAAUUCAAAAACCCUUCACUUGCCUCACUGUUCUUCGUCAUGGCGAACAAUCCUUCACAGCUUCUUCCUUCAGAGCUAAUCGAUAGGUGUAUAGGGUCUAAGAUUUGGGUGAUAAUGAAAGGAGAUAAGGAGCUCGUUGGUAUUCUCAAAGGAUUCGAUGUUUAUGUCAACAUGGUUCUUGAAGAUGUCACCGAAUAUGAGAUUACGGCAGAAGGAAGACGGGUCACAAAGCUUGAUCAGAUUCUACUCAAUGGCAACAACAUCGCCAUUCUGGUGCCAGGUGGGUCUCCCGAAGAUGGAGAAUGAGAUUUGCGAGAUUUGAUUGGUGUUUUCAGACUUGUGUGAGGAAGGAUGUAACUUUUGGUUUUAGAUUUAACACUUUGUUCAGAGAAAAGUAGUUGAUUUUAAACUCAGAAUGACAAAAGUUUUCAUUGUUCAGCAAUGUGAAAGAGCUAAAGCAUCAUAUUUAUUAGACUCAAUGCAUCAUUACUUCUACUU